ACUAGAAGACCCAAAAAUCAAAAUCUCCAUCUUUAGCCUUCAAACUCACUUGCAUUUCAAAAUUCUCAAUCAUGCCUUUGAAUUUCUUCAUAAAACAUCACAAUCUGAUUUGGGUUUUCCUCUCUUUCUUCUUUCUUUCUUCUCUUUGUUUCGAACUCGGUCCGACGGGCGAAUUCAAUGGCCACACUGCGAUUUCGGAGUUCCGGGUCUUGAAUAGAAGAACCUUGGCCGAAUGUCCUGAUCCAAAUCCAUAUCUUCAAAUCAAUAUCAGCUCUAAUUCAGCUAUUUCGAAUGAAGAAUUGGUGACGGUCACUGUAAGUGGUGUGCUACUUCCUGCCGAGUCGGAUUGGGUGGCCAUGAUCACACCUUCCCAUUCAGAUGUUUCUAACUGUAUUACAAAUGAAUGGCUUUAUCUUCAAACAGGUGACAGCAGCACACUUCCUCUUCUUUGCCAUUAUCCUGUCAAGGCUCAAUACAUGAGUACAGACCCAGCAUAUCUAGGCUGUGAAAAGAAGGAAUGUAAGAAAUAUGAGAAGGGAGCUUGUGUGGUUACAACUUGCAGUGGCUCUUUAACAUUCCAUGUCAUUAACUUCCGAACAGACAUCGAGUUUGUUUUCUUCGCCGGCGGGUUCCAAACACCUUGUAUAUUGACAAGAUCCAGUCCCUUGAAGUUCGCCAAUCCUCAAAUGCCCUUGUAUGGUCAUCUCUCAAGCAUAGAUUCAACCGGCGCAACGAUGAGAAUAACUUGGGUUAGUGGAGAUAAAAGUCCACAGCAAGUUCAAUAUGGGAAUGGAAAAUCAGAGACGUCCAUUGUUACUACGUUUACCCAAGAUGAUAUGUGUAAUUCAUCUAUAAUGCAAAGUCCAGCCAAGGAUUUUGGAUGGCAUGAUCCUGGGUACAUUCAUUCAGCUGUGAUGAAAGGCCUCCAGCCAUCUCAAACCUACACCUAUAGAUAUGGAAGCGAUUCGGCAGGUUGGAGUGACCAAAUCAAAUUCCGGACCCCACCAGCUGGAGGGUCGGAUGAGCUAAGAUUCCUUGCAUAUGGGGACAUGGGAAAGGCCCCACGUGACCCAUCUACGGAGCACUACAUUCAGCCUGGGUCGCUCUCGGUGGUGAAAGCUUUGGCGGAUGAAAUUGAAUCUGGAAAUGUCGACUCGAUAUUCCACAUUGGAGAUAUAAGCUACGCAACAGGUUUCUUGGUUGAAUGGGAUUAUUUCCUUCAACUCAUCACACCAGUUGCAUCCCAAGUCUCUUACAUGACUGCCAUUGGUAACCAUGAGAGAGAUUAUGGAGAGUCGGGGUCGGUGUAUGAAACUCCAGACUCAGGUGGGGAGUGCGGCGUCCCUUACGAAACCUAUUUUCCAAUGCCUACGCCCGCGAAGGAUAAAUCAUGGUACUCAAUCGAACAAGCAAGUGUUCACUUCACCGUAAUUUCGACAGAACACGCUUGGAGCGAGGGUUCCGAACAGUAUGAUUGGAUGAAGAAGGACUUGGGAGCCGUUGAUCGAUCAAGGACACCUUGGGUCAUUUUCAUGGGACAUAGGCCCAUGUACUCAUCAUGUCCAGGAGGAUUUCUCCCGAGCGUUGAUUCUGCCUUCGUCGAUGCUGUAGAGCCACUACUGAUAGAACCCAAGGUGGACCUCGUUCUGUUUGGGCAUGUACACAACUACGAGAGAACAUGUGCGGUGUACCAAAAAGAGUGCAAGGCCAUGCCUACAAAAGAUAAAGAUGGUGUGGACACAUAUGAUCACAGCAACUACACUGCACCUGUUCAUGCUAUUAUUGGAAUGGCUGGCUUUGAAUUGGAUCAGUUUCCCGGCAGUGCUGAAAGCUGGAGUUUAGUGAGGAUUUCUGAAUUUGGAUACGUGCGAGUGCAUGCAACGAAACAAGAGAUGAGAGUAGAGUUUGUAAACUCAGAUACAAGAAAGGUGCAAGACAGCUUCCGCAUCACAAAGUAGAGAGAGAGAGAGAGAGAGAGAGAGAGAGAGAGA